GCCAGGAGACUACCUGAUUACUGCAAUAACAUCAAUAAUAUUUUCACAUCUUUACCCAUAUGAUUUUUCCAAGUCUCCACCGUACAGAUUGGAAAGUAUGAAGACAAGCUUCUACCAUAUCUUGCCCUUCUUCUUAUCUGUUCAUGAGAUCAACCAGAGCCCAAAGGUGUUACCCAACAUCACUCUGGGGUACAACAUCUAUCAAAACUUCUUCACUGCAAGAAUGACCUAUGAGGCCAUGAUGGACUUGCUAUCUACAGGACAGGAGAAUGUCCCAAACUACAGAUGUGGAAGACAAAAGAACCUGCUGGCAGUCCUUGAAGAGACAGAUUCUGAACUCUUUGGUCACAUUUCUACAUUCUUGGGCAUCUACAAAAUUCCACAGAUCAAUUACGGUAUCAUCAGCCAUGCUCUUGAACAAAAUGACCGUUUUCCUUUUUUGUAUCGGUUGACCCCAAAACAAGAACCUCCUUUCUCAGCGAUUGUCAAGCUGCUCCUGCAUUUCCGAUGGACGUGGAUCGGUCUCAUUUCUCAGGAAAAUGAAAAAGGAGAAAACUUUAGAAGAAGCUUGACGAAUCUAGCUGUAAAAAAUGAGAUAUGCAUCGUCUUCUCGGAGAUCAUUCCAAUGAUGAACAUGGAUCAAAGUCUUAGAGGAAAAAGAACGGAAGGUCUCCUUUCUGUUUUCAGUAGCCAAGUCAAAAUUAUAAUCUGUCAACUGGAUUAUCCGGCCACAGCAACGCUAUCCAGCCUAAUACAAUAUACUGAUUCAAUUAAUGAAUUCAUUGGGGGGAAAGUGUGGAUUGCAACAACUUUGUCAGAUAUAAGUUUAAGAAUAUUUUACUACUCUGUUGAUCUCCGACAUAAACAUGCUUUGUUUUCCUUCCUCACCCAGACAAAGACAAGGGCACAAUAUUAUAUUUUCAAUUCAUUUUCUCAUAUUGCCACGCAGUUUGGAAUGGAAGCAUUCCAGUGCUCCUAUUCAAGGCCUGUGUGGUCUAAAAAGGUUUGGGAAAAAUGCACAGAAAAAGAGAAGUGGAAAUUCCCACCCCAUCACGUGGUGGCAAGAAUUCUGUCUGAGGAUGGCUCCAGUAUUUUCAACGCAAUCCAAGCUGUGGCCUUGGUCCUCAGUGCUGUCUCUUCCUCCCAAUUCAGUAAGAGGAGGAUGCUGUUUAAAGACCAUCAGUCAGCCCAGAUUGUACAGCCAUGGCAGCUUCAACAGAAGCUAAGAAACUUCCAGCUUCACAAUAUUUCCAGAGAUGCUGUUUAUUUGGAUGAAAAUGGACUUCCUGUGGCUGACUUUGAUAUCAUGCACUGGAGAAUGUUUCCCAAUGCGUCUGUUGUUGGUGUGAAAGUUGGGAGUGUAGAACGAGAAACCUCAUCUGAAGUCAAGGUCUCCAACCAUCAGAAUGCCAUUAUAUGGCCAACAUCAUUUAACAAGCUGCAGAAACAGAUACAUACUAGCAAAUGUUUUUCAGAUGCAGCCCACUGCAGCAAGUGUCCAGAUGACCAGUAUUCCAACAAGAAGCGAAAUCAGUGUGUCCCCAAAAAUAUAAGCUUUUUGUCUUAUGAAGAAAUUUUGGGUCUCAUCCUGGCUUUCUUUGCUCUUGCUAUGUCUCUUAUCACUAUCUUUGUCCUGGGAAUCUUCAUUAAACACCGAGAAACUCCCAUAGUCAGAGCUAACAACCGGGAUCUCACCUAUAUUCUCCUGCUGGCCCUCCUCUUUUCCUUCUUGACCUCCCUUCUAUUUAUUGGUCAUCCCAAGAAAGUGACUUGUUUUGUUCGGCAAACCAUUUUCAGUGUUGUUUUUUCUGUCGCUGUGUCUUCCUUGCUGGCCAAGACUGUCAUGGUGGUGGUAGCAUUCCUUGCCACAAAGCCAGGCAGUAGGAUGAGGAAAUGGCUUCGGAGGAGUCUGGCAAACUCCAUUGUCUUAUUGUGCUCUGGUGUUCAGGUAUGCAUCUGUAUCAUAUGGCUGGGAAUCUUCCCCCCAUUCCCAGAUUCUGACCUUCACUCCCAACCAAGGCAUAUCUUGCUGCAGUGCAAUGAAGGCUCUGUCAUCAUGUUCUAUUCUGCCCUUGGCUACAUGGGCCUUCUGGCUGCCAUCUGCUUCUUGGUGGCCUUCCUGGCCCGCAAGCUGCCAGGGACCUUCAAUGAAGCCAAGUUGAUCACCUUCAGCAUGUUAGUUUUCUGUAGUGUUUGGAUCUCCUUUGUCCCCACCUACCUGAGCACCAAAGGAAAAUACAUGGUGGCUGUGCAGAUCUUCUCCAUGCUGGCCUCCAGUCUUGGUUUACUAGGCUGCAUAUUUGCCCCCAAAUGCUAUAUUAUUAUUUUGAGACCUUCCAUGAACACCAAGGAGCAUAUGAUGAUGAAAAACAAUGAGGGCUCCUGAUGUUGG